AUGGCUUAUUUCAGUUCAACACGGGACUUUGUUGCACUUUCAGAUCUGCAUCCAAAUCUUGCUCGCCCUAAUGUAAUCGGUGUGGUUAUUGGGAAAACAGAUGUCAGAGGCUUUCCAGACAGAAAAAACAUUGGAUCUGAAAGAUACACCUUCAGUUUUACUAUUCGUGAUUCACCAACUUAUUUUAUAAAUGUAAAUUCUUGGGGCAAAGAAGACUAUAUCAGAUCACUUUCAGAAAGCUUUAGAGUUGGUGACUGUGUUACAAUUGAAAAUCCUUUAGUUCAGACGAAGGAAACAGAAAGGGAAGAAAAGUUCAACCCUGUAACUCCUAGUUCCUACAAAUUACUGAUCAGUGAAAAUCACUCAGUGGUCAAAACUUGUUCCUCUUAUGAAAUGGACACCAGCCUACUUUCUCUGUUGCAUUUGCCUGUCAAGGACCCUCAGGAUUAUUAUUCACUGGGUGACAUCAUUGCAAAUGGACAAAGCCUCAAUGGAAGAAUCCUUAAUUUACUUGCAGCUGUAAUGUCAGUUGGAGAGCCAAAGUAUUUUAUCACUCCAGACAAAAGAAAAGGUCAGAGGUGUGAAGUAAAGCUGUAUGAUGAAACAGAGAUGUCUUUUCCAAUAGUAUGUUGGGAUAAUGAAUCUAUCCAGCUUGCACAAAGUUGGAUUCCACGAGAAACAGUAAUAUUUGCAUCAGAUGUGAGAAUAAAUUUUGACAAAUUUAGAAACUGUAUGACUGCAACUGUGAUAUCAAAAACCAUUAUUACAACUAAUCCAGACACAGCAGAAGCAAAUAUUCUCUUCAGCUUCCUAAAAGAGAGUGCGCAGUCAGGAGCUUUGCUCAAUAAAAUGGAGGAGCAAUCAAAAGAAUCCACUAACUUGGAGACUAUAGUUGAUGUUUAUACUGUGGAACAGCUGAAAGUAAAAGCUUUACAGAAUGAUGGGAAACUUGAACCUGUCUAUGGCAUUAUUUAUGGCUACAUUUCUACACUGGACAUUGAUAAUGAUGCAUCUAAAGUUAUUCGCAACAGAUGUUCAACGUGCCGUUGUGUAGUGAAUGAAAUGUCAAACACAUGCAUUUUCUGUGGUGAUAUCUCUUCAGACUCAAAGUCAACUUUUACAAGCUUUGACAUACUCGUUGAUCUGUCAGAUCAUACAGGAACUCUUUAUUCUUGUUACCUCUCUGACUGUGUAGCUGAGGAAACAUUAGGCUGCACAGUCCAUGAGUUCCUAACUCUAACAGAAGACAAGAAGACUGCAUUGAAAUGGCACCUUCUUUUGGAACGAAGCAAGAUUUAUUUUAAACUUACUUUGUCACCCAGUUGGAGAACUGGAUUGAAAGUGAACGUACUUUCGUGUAAACUGGCAGACCCUAUAGAGGCAAGUCAGAGCUUGUUGCAAAAAGGAAAAAGAUUACACUAUAUGUCUUGUUAA